CCCUCCAUCUUCCAAACGAUAAAUAAUAAUAAAUAAAAAUAGGAGCUGCCAAUUGAAUAAGUUUGAAGUAUUAAAGAGAAAGAUGGUUGGACCGGAGAGGCCUCAGUUUGUGCUGUUUGGGUCGUCCAUAGUGCAGCUCAGUUUCAGUAAUGAAGGGUGGGGUUCAAUUCUGGCCGACAUAUAUGCUCGUAAGGCAGACAUACUUUUGCGAGGAUACUGUGGUUGGAAUUCAAGGCGUGGCCUACAAGUACUAGAACAAAUUUUUCCCAAGGAAGCUUCUGUACAACCUGCGUUGGUUAUAGUAUAUUUUGGUGGUAAUGACUCCAUGCACCCUCACCCUAGUGGCAUAGGCCCCCAUGUUCCCUUGCCUGAGUAUAUCGAAAACAUGAGGAAGAUCGCUCUACAUCUCAAGAGCCUUUCUCCAACGACGCGCAUCAUCUUUCUUAGCACUCCUCCUAUCAACGAGCAACAAAUUAAGGAAACCCUGAGUGGGAAAUUUGGAAAAGUAAACCGAACAAAUGAGGACUGCCGAGUAUAUUCAGAAGCUUGUUUGCAGCUCUGCCAGGAGAUGGAUGUGAAUUGCAUUGAUCUUUGGACUGCAGUGCAGCAACGAGAUGACUGGUUAACUACUUGCUUCACGGAUGGAAUCCACUUUUCACCGGAGGGGAGCAAGAUUGUAGUUAAAGAAAUUCUGAAGGUCCUGAGAGAAGCAGAAUGGGAACCAAGUCUACACUGGAAAUCAUUGUCCACUGAAUUUUCAGAGGAUUCACUGUAUGAUCCAAUAGGCCCUGAUGCAAAGACCACUAUUAACGUAUCUGACAUGGAUGUUGAACGACAUAUGCAGUGGGAAUAGCUCUUAAUAUGCCCCCAUUAAUCUCUGCUUAAGCUAUUCAUAUUUGCAGAUUAUCUUAUGCAACCCCUUAUUGCUAUGUGUUCAAUAUUAUCAAAUAAGCAGAGCAUAAAAUGCCUGCAAUGUGUUUGGUUUUGGAAAUUAUUGUAAUCUUCAAGAAAAUCUUGUCACUGAACAUCUUGAAUCA